AUGGUCUUCAACAGGAAACAUUGUCCUGAGACACAGUCCUGUAAGACACAUUCCUCUGAGAGACUGUCCUCUGAGACACUGUCCUCUGAGACACUGUCCUCUGAGAGACUGUCCUCUGAGACACUGUCCUCUGGGACACUGUCCUCUGAGAGACUGUCCUCUGAGACACUGUCCUCUGAGACACUGUCCUCUGAGACACUGUCCUCUGAGAGACUGUCCUCUGAGACACUGUCCUCUGAGAGACUGUCCUCUGAGAGACUGUCCUCUGAGACACUGUCCUCUGAGACACUGUCCUCUGAGAGACUGUCCUCUGAGACACUGUCCUCUGAGAGACUGUCCUCUGAGACACUGUCCUCUGAGAGACUGUCCUCUGAGACACUGUCCUCUGAGACACUGUCCUCUGAGAGACUGUCCUCUGAGACACUGUCCUCUGAGACACUGUCCUCUGAGAGACAGGUUGUGAUGACAGUCUGA